UAGCUCAGCGGCCGGACGACAGGAGGAGAAGCCGGGGCAGCGGAGGAGACAGAGACGGACACCAGGAGGACAUGGGCCCGGCGGAGGACAACAGAGACACCCGGUGACCGGAACAGCGAGUCCCAGGAGACACCAAGCCGCUUCCGAUGACCAUGCAAUCAUUCCCUGCUCGCCCUCGCCGUUAGUGUCUGUGUUUGUGCCGUGGGACUGGUCAGGAUGGGGUUUGGUCGGGAUCUGAGGAAUUCCCAUGAGGGUUUACUGAAGCUGCAGGACUGGGAGUUAAAGCUGCUGGAGACGGUGAAGCGAUUCAUGACUCUGCGGGUGAAGAGCGAUAAGGAGUACGCGGCUCUGCUGCUUAACAUGACUCAACAAACUGAGAAACAGGAAGCUGCGGACUACGUCAGCACCGUCAGCAAGUCUUGGUCGCAGGUGAUCCGUCAGACUGAGGCGUUGGGGCGAGUGAUGAGGAGUCACGCUGACGAGCUGAACUCAGGUCCUCUGCACCGCCUCGCCACAUUGAUACGAGACAAGCAGCAGGUGAAGAAGAGCUACCAGAGUCUUCAUCAACAGCUAGAGUGCCACAAUCACAAGGUGACCAGGAGCGACCUGGAGAAGCUGAAGGCGACGUACCGUCAGUUGAGCCGCGACGCAAACAACGCCAAAGAAAAAUAUAAAGAAGCUCUGACAAAAGGCCGGGAGGCAGAGCGUGCCCGUGAGCGUUACGACAAAGUGACUGCGAAGCUCCACAACCUUCAUAACCAGUAUGUGUUGGCGGUGUGCGGCGCCAGGAAGCAGCAGGACGACCACCGACGCAACGCGGCGCCUGCUCUGCUGGACGCUCUGCAGAGGAUGCAGGAGGACAUGACGCUCGCACUUAAGAGUAUUCUGGAGGAGUACUGUGAGAUCAGCAGUCUUCUGACCGACGACAUCGUUAAAGUUCAUCAGGAGAUCUCAGCAGCUGUUCAGCAGAUCGAUCCGCUCGCCGAGUAUCAACACUUCAUUGAUGCCUACAGGUCACCGGAGACUCCGGAGCCCAACGUGGAGUUUGACACGACUCUGUUGGAGGAGACGGACAACCUGCCGGCCAAUGAGAUCCUGUGGAACACGCUGACGGCCGACAGCCUGCACGCCAUGAUGUCGUCAGCAACCGAGGAGCUGACACUGACUCAGCAGAACCUGAGGACGAAGGAGGCCUUGGCCGAUGACCUCGACACCAAGAUUCAGACAAGUCAGCAGGAUGGCGAGCGGAGGAGCGACUGUGUGCUGCUGCUCAGUCAGAAACUCGCUCUUCUCGAGCUCCGUCACGCCGUCCAGUCUCUGCGUGGAUCCGAGGCCCGCCUCGCCUCCCAGAAGGCCCUGCUGGACGACAAGAUGGCCGCCGCCGCCAACUCCCCUCCCCCCCAACCGUCUCCCCCUGCACUGCCAUAUGAGGACGAUGCUCGUUCUUUGGGAUCUACUGAUAAGACGAAGGAGAAGACGUCUCGUUUCGACACGCUGCGUCACUCUCUCGCUGGAAUGAUUCGUUCUCCUAAAUCGGUGCUUGGCUCCUCCUCCUCGCAGUUCUUUGAUGUGAUCCCCACCUCGGAGCGCCCCCUAGGGGAGCAGGACUGGUAUCAUGGUGCCAUCCCCCGCACCGAGGCCCAGGAGCUGCUGCGGCAGCAGGGAGACUUCCUGGUGAGGGAGAGUCACGGGAAACCAGGCGAGUACGUCCUGUCGGUGUUCUCUGAUGAGCAGAGACGACACUUCAUCAUCCAGUUCGCCGACAGUCAGUACCGCUUCGAAGGGACCGGGUUCUCCACCAUCCCUCAACUCAUCGAGCAUCAUUUCACCACCAAGCAGGUCAUCACCAAGAAGUCUGGAGUUGUUCUUCUCAACCCCGUCCUCAAGGAUAAGAAGUGGAUCCUGAACCAUGAGGACGUGACGCUCGGGGACCUGCUGGGAAAGGGUAACUUUGGCGAAGUGUUUAAAGGGACGCUGCAGCGCGACAAAUUGCCGGUUGCUGUUAAAACGUGUAAAGAAGAUUUACCUCCAGAGCUGAAGAUCCGCUUCCUGUCUGAGGCCAGGAUACUGAAGCAGUACGACCACCCGAACAUUGUGAAGCUGAUCGGUGUUUGUACGCAGCGACAGCCGAUCUACAUCGUCAUGGAGCUGGUUCCUGGUGGCGACUUCCUGUCCUUUCUAAGGAAGAAGAAAGACGAGAUGAAAACGAAGCAGCUUGUUCGCUUCUCUGUCGACGCCGCCGCUGGUAUGGCCUACCUGGAGAGCAAGAACUGCAUCCACAGGGACCUGGCGGCGAGGAACUGUCUGGUGGGGGAGGGCAGCGUGUUGAAGAUCAGUGACUUUGGGAUGAGUCGUCAGGAGGACGAUGGCAUUUACUCUUCAUCUGGACUCAAACAGAUUCCCAUCAAAUGGACGGCACCUGAAGCCCUCAACUAUGGUCGUUACAGCUCAGAGAGUGAUGUGUGGAGUUACGGGAUCCUGCUGUGGGAAACCUUUAGUCUGGGGGUGUGUCCUUAUCCCGGGAUGACCAAUCAGCAGGCUCGAGAGCAGGUGGAAAAAGGUUACAGGAUGGCGUGUCCUCAGCGGUGCCCGGAUGAAGUGUACAAAGUGAUGCAGCGUUGCUGGCAGUACAAUCCCGAGGAACGACCCAAGUUCUCUGAGCUGCAGCGAGACCUCAGCGCCAUCAAGAAAAAGUGAUGACAUCAUCAGAGACGGGAGAGAGUGAAGUCCCGUUCUCGGGAGCAGAACGCCAUCACAGCACGCCAUCAGAAAAGACGAGUCACUUUUAUGUCAGGUGGGCGUGGUCAGCAGGUGGACACAUGUUACAACCUUUGUUAAUAUUUAGCAUUUGGCUAAACUCUUUAAACUACAUUAUAAAAAAGGAAACACUGUUGGGUGCUAACGAUGCCGCGAUGUUAGCAUGUAGCUACACACUAACGUGACCUGUUGACACCACAGCUGAUGGAUCCACAACGCUCAGCUGAGAGCUUGAGCGUGAAUGUAGCAAGUUUUCUUGCUCUGUGUAAAUGUGUCUGAUUACACUGAAUUGAGUUAGAAUCUACAUCAAAGUCCUGAUCAGGAAUCAAUGAUCACAUAUUGAUAAAUAACAAUAUUCACAUCAAUAUCAGAUUCCAUCGUAAACAAGAACUAUUAAAACUUUGUUUAAACUUAAACUAAAGAUCAGUAAAAACACAAAUGUUUACAGCGACCAGUCACAUGAUCAGUAAGCAUGACGUCAGUGGGAAGCUAAAAACACCAAAAAGAACCUUUUACAAAACAAGCUCAAAAUAAAGAGCGGCGCACUGCGAGUGUGAUGACACAUGUGACAGCCACGUCCCAUCACUACUGUAACCAUGGCAACGAGUGAACACUAAAGUAUUCCACUGCUGAGGACUAAUCAGCUGUCAGCACUAAUAUAAACUGAUUAUUUUUAUUUAUUGUUUUUAUUAAUUUUAUUUCUUUUUAUGUUUGUAAUGUUUUAUUUUCUGACAGCUGAAAGAAAUAUUUACACACGUCAAUCACACAGACCACGCCCACCUCAAUUUUUUCUACAGUGUAAUUCCAGGAAAUGUUUCUGACCAAUCAGUGGCUUCCAUAAUGUCGUUAGGCCAAAGUUUUUUCCCUUAUUCUCAUAAAUAAGUUUUUUAAUUUUUAUCUUUUAGUUUGAAUUUAUUUAAUGAAACCAGAGAUUAAAAAUGUGUCCUAUAUAAACAGCACUUACUGUUUGUUUACUGGUUGUUAUAGUAACGGGGGGGGGGGGGACAUCCGUUACAAUGAAAGAACAGCUGCAUGUAGAUGAGUCGAGUCGAUUGGUCAACGUCAUUACCUGGACUGCAUGUGGGCGGGGCCUAGACAUUAGUGGUGUCAGAGCUACUGACUGUUACUGUAAAUAAAUUAAAGAUGUUUGUUUUUACUUUUAAAACAUUUGUUUUCUGUCGAACACUAAUCGUCCGUUUGUCUUUUAUAUUUGUUCCAACUCUUUAUGAAAAUAUCAUUGUAGCAUUUACUAUGAAAAUAAAAAAUGAACAAACA